GGCUUAGCUGCUGGGCUCUCACGCUCCGAGUCGUCGUCGUCGUCGUCGGGAGACAACGAGCGUGAACGCGCACAUCUCAUCUCACGGAGCUGACUGACUACACUGGCGAUCAAUCACGACUCGACUCGGCUGGGCUCGGUUGGGAUCAGAUCAGGUGGCAUCAUGAGUAAAGUGCACGGAGGGAUGAAAUGCGUGAAAUAUCUGCUGUUCGUCUUCAACUUCAUCUUCUGGCUAUCUGGCUUAUUGGUACUGGCUGUUGGACUUUGGCUUCGCUUUGAUUCCGAAACAGGGAAGCUGCUGACAGGCGAUGAUGCUCCUGAUACCUUCUUCGUCGCUGUGUACAUUCUAUUGGGUACCGGAGGGUUAAUGAUGCUGGUCGGCUUCUUUGGUUGUUUCGGGGCCAUUCGUGAAUCUCAGUGUCUUCUUGCCUCGUUCUUUGCCUGCCUGCUGAUCAUUUUUGCUGCAGAGAUUGCAGCUGGUGUGUUUGGAUUCAUAAACAAGGAACAGAUAGUGGAGGAGGUACAAAAGUUCUACAGCAGUUCCAUUGGAGACGUAUCCAACCCCAACGCAACCGCCAUUGCGCUCAUGUAUCACAAAACUCUUAACUGUUGCGGCGGCUCAGUGUCAGCGGCUUCAUCCGCCCUUUGUGAAGAUGCUCCAGAGGAAACCAAGGUGAAGAUGCAUGCUUAUGAUGUCUUUCGUCCACAUGAGUACACUCGACUAGAAGACGAGCACUUCAUGUUUACAUGCUUUUAUCAUUUGAAGGACUGUCUGAGCGCUAUCACAGACUUCUUUAACGAGAAGCUGCAUAUCAUCGGAUACGUUGGGAUUGGCAUCGGUGGAGUAAUGAUCCUAGGGAUGAUCUUCAGCAUGGUGCUGUGUUGUGCCAUCAGGAACAGCAGGGAAGUCAUAUAAGAUGACCUCUGGUCCCCCUGUAAAGCCCCUCCUCUCAACUUUUCCACGUAACACAUCUCAUCUCUGCUUGUGGCACAGUUCUGUGACAUUCCUUUGUCAAAAUAUGCAGCAUUCAAGAUUUGGGACUUCUAUUCCUGCUGUAGAUAUGGACACUGCCUAUUAUGUCCUUUAUAAGCCUGCGUGCCUCAAUGUUUUGAGGACAAGCCUGCCUCUAUAGAAUGUACUGUAUGUGCCUACAUCUUGGUGCAGCUAACUGUCUUAUUUAAAUUCAAUGUGUACAUAUUACUGCUACCACACCAGCUAUAAAAGCACAAUAGAGAGGAUAUUUGAAAGGUGUUACAUCAAUCAAGUAUAUAACAAAAUCUGUCAUCAAUGCAUAUUAUUUUGGCUGUCAACAAAUGUGGAUUGUAAAAAAAGUGUAAAAUUAAGAGCAAACCUCUUGACAUUUCAGCUCAGUCAUUACCCCAAGGACCCAUUUUGACAUUUGACUGUAAAAAUAGAACAAAAAACAGCAAGAGUUUCAAGUUUCAAUAAAUGCACUAAUACCAAAACAGUACAGUACAUUGCAUUUUUAUGUAUAUAUUCAUACACAAUACAAAAAAAAAACCAGUGUAACAAGUCAUAUUUCACUCAAAAGGCAUCACGCCGGGAUGACUGAAAUGUGUUAAGAUGCAUAUGCAAAUAGACUUGAUUGACUAUGUGGACAUUACACAUAUUAAUAAACAUGUGCAUGGAUGCGUCUCUGAAGGGACGUAGGAUUCACAGUGAUGCGACGACAGCGUGGUCCCGUGUCGGCAUUGAUGGAAAGUAACAAAAAAGGCCCUUGCUAUUUUUGCUUCAAUGAAGCCUCUGUAACAGAAACACACAAAGAUAGCUGCACACUACUGCAUUCAGUCACUCAAAAUAUAGCAAGUCAUAUAUUGAAACUGGAAAGCACUGGAAAAGAAACUGGACAGUCUCUUUUGAUUGAGCGGCUUCCCAGCUCCUCCUACCCUCAUGGAGGGAGGGCAAAAGAACAUUUAGGACCAACCACAGAGGAGUAACACUACCACUCUGCGCCCGUGAACCCAGUAAGGCUACGACAAGCAUCAAGUGCAAACGUGGGCCAUGGCUGAGUGAGUUAAGUCAAAGUGUUUAAGUGCAACACAGUUAUCGGCAUACACCUGGAACCUUUCCGUCCUCGCUUUUUUGGGGGGAUGUAAACUGAUAGAUCGUAGCUGCCAGUUGGCCCAUCCUUGUUCUCAAAAGGUCCCUGCAUGGCGGGCGUGCUCUCAUGGCGACAGCAUACUGAGAGGAGAGUUGUCCAGUAUGUAUUCGCCAACGCCAACAAAGUACAUGACCUGUGCGAUUCCAAACAGCGGUGCGAUGACCAGGGCCCGGCAGCCGGCACCCUUCAGGAGGGCUGACGGUCCCUCCUUGCGUAUUAUUUGACUGUGGACACAAAGCACAAUGACGUCAUUUUGAUGAAGGUUGAAAAUCUGUAUUUUAGGUUGUAGGUAAGUGCCUCACCUCACGCAGUCCACUACUCCGCUGUACGUCUCCUCAGUCGAGCCUUUGCUGAGAGACUGCAGUCUGGUCUUCACCACUGGAAACAACAAAAGACAGCAUGUUGGAGGGAAUAGUAUAGGAGUGAUUCAGCAGUUUAUGGCAGACAUAAGGACCUUGAGGACUCACCGUCACAGGGGUUGACCGCCACUGCAGCGGUAGAACCUGCAAUGCAGCCUGAGAGGAAGGCCCAGUAGAAGGGAGAGGACUUGUCAGCACUCGGUUUGCCCAGCUUGUUCAGGUUAGCAAACAAGGGGAAGUAGACGACGGAAAAAGGAACAUCCCUGAGAACAGAAGAGAAUAUGCUUUCAA